AUGCUGGUGGUGACGUACUUGCAGGCAGCAGGCGAGGGCGAGGGCGAGCAGCAGCGGCGCGUGCCGCGGGGCGCGCGGGCGCAUGGGGUCAGCGAGGCGCGGGGCGCCCGCGGCGCGCUCGCUGGGGCGCUCGCCGCAUGCCGCGCACCGCCUCACUGCACUGCACUGUCCGCACUGUGCACACUGUCUGCACUGUCCACACUGUCCACUGGCACUGUCGCUGGUCGCGUACUGUCGCGUGGUGUCGCGCUGAAUAUCACGGAAGAGACGUGCGCUCGCCGCGGGGCUUCGGCCUGGACUGCGCGCCCCGCCGGCGCUGCGGCUCUACCACCGCGCCUCUCCCGGCACUGCGCGACGGACGCACUCCGAUGGCCGAUUACAUUUCACGACUGUAAUGCCAUU